AUGGCCGCUCCCCGGAUCCGGGCCCGGACCAGGGUCACCUGGUGCCCGCUCCCCCGCCCGGACACCUGCUUCGCCCCGCCCCCCGAUCCUUCCUCACGCUCCCCCUUCAUCACUUCGCCCCGCCCAUCGGACCCCAGGCCCCGCCCCUUCGUCGUGACCCGCGCCCAGGCCCCGCCCCCCAAAGCCCUUCGCCCCGCCCAUCCGCUCCCCCAGGCCACGCCCCCAGUUCCUUCCUCACGUUCCCCCUUCAUCGUGGCCCCGCCCACAGGCACCGCCCCCUGUCCCUUAGCCCCGCCCGCCCGAACACAGGCUCCGCCCCCCUGCCCAUCGGCCUCCGGGCCACGCCCCCAGUUUCUUCCUCACGCCCCCCUUCAUCACGGCCCCGCCACGCCCCCUUCGUCGUGGCCCGCGCACAGGCCCCGCCCCCCAAAGCCCUCCGCCCCGCCCAUCCGCUCCCCCAGGCCACGCCCCCAGUUCCUUCCUCACGUUCCCCCUUCAUCGUGGCCCCGCCCACCCGCACACAGGCACCGCCCCCUGUCCCUUAGCCCCGCCCACCCGAACACAAGCUCCGCCCCCUGCCCAUCGGCCUCCGGGCCACGCCCCCACUUUCUUCCUCACGCCCCCCUUCAUCACGGCCCCGUACAUAGGCCCCGCCCCUGGCCCUUAGCCCCGCCCACCCACCCCCAGGCCACGCCCCCUCCGUCGUGGCCCGCGCACAGGCCCCGCCCCCCAAAGCCCUUCGCCCCGUCCAUCCGCCCCCCAGGCCACGCCCCCAGUUCCUUCCCCACGUUCCCCCUUCAUCGUGGCCCCGCCCACCCGAACACAGGCACCGCCCCCUGCCCCUUAGCCCCGCCCAUCCGGCCCCCGAUCCUUCCUCACGCCCCCCUUCAUCAUUGCCCCGCCCACCCGCACACGGGCCCCGCCCCCGAAAGCCCAUCGCCCCGCCCAUCCGUCCCCAGGCCCCGCCCCAAAAGCCUUUCGCCCCGCCCAUCCUCCCCCAGGCCAUGCACCCUGGCCCUUCGCCCCGCCCACAGGCCACGCCCCCAGCUCCUUCCUCACGCCCCCUUUAUCGUGGCCCCGCCCCCCAAAGCCCUUCGCCCCGCCCAUCCGCCCCCAGGACACGCCCCCAGCUCCUUCCUCACGCCCCCUUCAUCGUGGCCCCGCCCGCCCAAGCCCUUCGCCCCGCCCAUCCGCCCCCAUCCUUCCUCACGUUCCCCCUUCAUCGUGGCCCCGCCCACCCGGACCCCGGCCCCGCCCCCCAAGGCCCUUCGCCCCGCCCAUCGGCCCCCAGACCAGGCCCCCAGCUCCUUCCUCACGCUCCCCCUUCAUCGUGGCCCCGCCCACCCGCACACAGGCCCCGCCCCCAAAGCCCUUCGCCCCGCCCAUCCUCCCCCAGGCCAGGCCCCCAGUUCCUUCCUCACGGUCCGCCUUCAUUCUGGCCCCGCCCACCAGAACACAGGCCCCGCCCACCCGCCCCCAUCCUUCCUCACGUUCCCCUUCAACAUGGCCCCGCCCCCAAGCCCUUCGCCCCGCCCAUCGGCCUCCGGGCCACGCCCCCAGUUCCUUCCUCACGCCCCCCUUCAGCACGGCCCCGCACAUAGGCCCCGCCCCUGGCCCUUAGCCACGCCCGCCCACCCACAGGUCCCGCCCCCGAAAGCCUUCGCCCCGCCCACCUACCCCCAGGCCACGCCCCCUGUUCCUUCCUCACGCCUCCUUCAUCAUGGCCCCGCCCCCUGGCCCUUCGCCCCGCCCACCCUCACACAGGCCCCGCCCCCCAAGCUGUUCGCCCCGCCCAUCCGCCCCCAGGCCACGCCCCCAGUUCCUUCCUCACGAAAUGUAUCCCAGGCUUUGAAACAGAUCUCUUCUUCCCGGGCACCAGUUGACGUUAUGCGGUCCCUGGAAAUGCCUGGACUGCCCUCAUUACAGAACCGCGGAAAGCUCGAAGAGUUCUCGGGCCAGGACGCAGUGGUUUCCCAUAUUCCCUGA